AUGACUCUUGAACGAAAGAUGUCUACAUCCAAACAAGAAUAUGAGCUCCCGAGCUCCAAACGCAGCUCACAGCGUGUCGAAGAGUUCGAUCCUCCAGUGGAUCUCAAAGCCACUCCUCCGAUGUUUCACCAAAGCGCGGCCCCAGUCGAAGGUGACCCCACCGACGAUGGGACUCACAAGCUGAAUUUUCAGAUUAUUGCCUCAAUCAUAGUGAGAACCUCAACUGCGGCGAAGUACUUGAUUGACCUAGAGAUGCUUACAUCUAAACAACAGGCUCUUACUUUCACCUAUGAAGCUAGUCUGCUCACCUACAUCCUACCCAUCUCGGUUCUGCUCACUAUCAACGCCGACAUAGGACCUGCAUCUCAGCUUAGUUGGGUCGCUAUAUCGUCUUCACUCUCCGCCGCGGUCGUGCAGACCAUUGCGGGCCGUUGUAGUGAUAUUUUUGGUCGUCGGAACUUCUACCUUGCGGGGAAUCUUCUUGGACUAACAGGUAUAGUCAAUCCCCUGAAGACAUUGAUAGCUCGAGCGGUCGGAGGACAGGGUAUCGCCUCCGCAUUUCAGACACUGGCAUUCGCUGCUGCGUGCGAAAUUGUCCCUAAAAGGUAUCGAGGCUUAACUGUAGCUUGCAUCAAUAUCGCAGCAAUCCCAGGAUCUGCUUUUGGAGCUGUCAUCGCAUAUGCUAUGGUCGCCACAUUGUCAUGGCGCUGGACGUUCUACAUUCCGAUUAUUGCGAACGGCAUUGCCUUCAUCCUUAUCGCACUGUUCUACUUCCCACCGGAUUUCAAGAACUUGCACCCAGACGGGAAGUCUCGCUCCCAACAAGUCAAAGAGCUUGAUUAUCUAGGCCUGUUACUCUUGGGCGGGGGUCUAGCAAGUCUAUUGAUUGGAAUCUCCUUCGGAGAUAACCCACAUUCUUGGACGAGCGCACCAGUGUUGACCCCUUUGAUAAUAGGAGCUGUCACUGUAACGGUAGCAUUUCCCGCCUGGGAAAUAUACAGCCCAUGUUGGAUCACCAAAUUGUGCCCACCUGAGAUUUUCAAGGAGAUCCGAGGAUUCACCUUACCCCUUGUGGUCACUUUUGUUUCUGGAAUGAUGUUUACCGCUCUGGCAGUCCUAUGGCCCCAAGAGGUGACUCGACUUUUCACCACCACACCGAGAACGAUUGGCUGGUACAGUCUCGCGUAUAACCUCUCUGCCACAGGGAAGUCCUCUCCUAUGGGUGGCUUCGUCUGUGGCGUGCUGUUUUCCACCAUUGGCAAAGCCAAAUGGCAAUUCGUUGUGGCUACUUUUCUGCAAACAGCUUUUGUCGCUUCUAUAUCCACGGUCACGCAACACACUCCCGCACGUGCAAUCGCUCUGGUGUCUAUUGCAGCACUUAGCAUAGGUGCUUCGCAGCUAUCAGCUUUACUAAUCACGCAAUUGGGAGUUCCAGAUGAGCAUAUUGGAGUCGCUACAGGAUUGACGGCUUGCGUCCGGUCGACGGGUGGAGCCGUUGCUGUUGCAGUUUACUCGAGUGUCAUGCAGAGUUCUGUGGCGAAACACCUUGUUCCGGACGUGGCAGCGGCGGUUGUCCAAGCUGGACUACCUGUCGAAGAGGUUGAGUCUUUCAUUGUGGCUCUUACGUCAGGCUCCCUUGGAGAGUUUGCUGUCAGUGUUACUCCGGCUAUUAUUGCUGCAGGAAUCGAUGCAAUGCAGACUGUCUUUUCCAAUGCUUUCCGACAAAUCUACCUUGUCAGCAUUGCUUUUGGAUGCGUAUCCUGCUUCGCUGUGGUCUUCAUCCGAGACAUCGACCACAAACUUACAAUGCACACCGCGACUAGAUUGAGAGGAAAUUUCUUCUCCGAGCUGACGAAGGACAAAGUCAUGGUCACAGCUGCCAAUGAGAAAUCGGUCAGUGCAAGAUCGGCCGAUGUUUGA